AUGUUCUUUAAUUCAUCCAGAAAAAGCGCCCAUGGUAUCCCCAAAGGCCCAAUUAUCCGUCCAUUCCAGAACCCUAUAGAUGAAAAGAAAGGCGUUCUAGACCUCCCACUCGAGCCAGAUCUCUUGGGAGACAAGUUUAUGCAGCCGGCCUUUCUUGGAGAUUUUGGAGCUUUAGAAGGAACUGCAAAUGAUGCUCAGAAACCCAAAGAGCAACAGCCACAACAGCAGAUGCAGGCUGGAAAGGGAAUCAGUCUUCCAAAAUUCAGUAUAGAGGAGAUUCGAGGCUCAGCAGAUAUGGACUCAAAAGAUCCAGAUUUGGCGUUGAAAAGAUGGAAGAUUAAAGAGGCGAGUGAACUAUAA